GACCCAAGGAUCGUUCUGUAGUUGACCUCUGACCUCCAGGAUUAAAGGUAAAAUAUAAUACAUACAUAGAUGGAACACUGUCUACAAGCCGGACUAACAUCUCUGUCUUAAUAUCUGCUGUUUCUCUAACCCUUCCUCACAUCGGUGUCCUCCUCACGAGCACCUCCAUCCACUGCUCAACUCACCUCGCUCACAACUUUCUCCUCCUCCCACGGCAGCAACUUUAGGAAAGUGAAAAAAGAAAAGAGUCGCUCUCGCGAUAAUAGCGUGCUUAUGCAGCCGCCAUAUUCUGUGACAGUAUUUUGAUUCGUAUCUGCUGGAAGUGAGGAAAAAGAGAAAAGUGAAGGGCCGACGAGGGGAGGGGGGGCUGAAGAAGAGGAGCUGUCAAAAAGGUAUUCCCGAGUCUCUGUCAAGCGGCGGAGGGCUGAGGCUCCGUGUCCCUCCCCUGGCGCUAUUUCGAGGACACUCAAGGCCCGGGGCCUCGGUGCAGUUGGCUCUUCGUCUGCCUGGUAGUAGCUGGAGCCCUCCCGGCUACUCCUCUCCCAGCUCCGCGGCCCUCUGGAGGUCCGGCGGCGGUCUCGGGUGUUGAAGGCGGCCCGGGGAGCGGCGGCGGCGGAGGAAGCAAAAAAAUGUUCAAGAUGAAGGCAACUUGCUGCCACGAUUGACGCCCCAGUGCGCUGAACUGAACAAGAAGUCCUGACGAGGUAACAUACGAAUGGCCCAGGGAAGCCACCAGAUUGACAUUCAGGUUUUGCAUGACCUGCGCCAGAAGUUCCCUGAAGUCCCAGAGGGUGUUGUCUCCCAGUGUGUUCUGCAGAACAACAACAACUUAGACGCCUGCUGUGAAUACCUGUCUCAAGUCAGUCCGGGCUACCUAUACAGUGAAGAAGGAAAUCUCAGCUUUUCUGACGACCCCAGCUUCAUCAGGCUCCGUAAUCACAUGACCCAGCUGAACCUGGGCCUGCAGUCUCAGAAUGUGCAUGUGGCUCCGGUUCGGGAUGGCCUGAGAAUGAACGGCAGUCGGACUUUGGCUCACAGCCCGGGUGACGGGCCCCUCCAGACAGGCCAGGCCCCCAAUAGUGACUUCUUUCAGCAGGAGUCCCAGUCAGCCUCAGUGAAGGUGCCAUCAAGCCUCAAUGUAUUUGGUGUGAUGGAACCCACACGCAAACCGCAGCCUCCACAGCACCUUGGACUUUACCCUCUGGGUGUCAAAGGAACAGCAAUGGGUGCCCAACAGACGCCACGCUACAACCCCUUUACAGUGACGCUAGCCCCCAAUAUCCAUCCAGGCCGUAAAACCCCCACUUCUUUGCACAUACAUGGUGGGCCACAGUCGGGCCUCAGCAGUCCACAGGGUAACUCCAUCUAUAUCAGGCCCUAUGUUAGCCAGACCGGUACAACUCGGCAUAACCAGCAGCAGGGAAGUAGGGCCCAGUACAGCCCCACUUCCCAGCCCCAGCAGCAGAUCUACCAGAUCUCACACCCCUCCUCCCUGUCUGGCUCCUGGUCCGGCCCUCAGCACGCCUCCUCUUCACAUACCUCACAGCACCAGACCCAGGGCCACCAGACCUCUCAUGUCUACAUGCCCAUCAGCUCCCCCACAAAUCCCCAGGCCCCCUCCAUUCUUCCCAUUGGAAGCCAGGCCUCUUCCUCUGGUGUCUCCUCAUGCUCAUCUUCCUCCUCCUCUGUCAUGCCCACCUCUUCUACCAUUAGCCAGUACAACAUCCAGAACAUCUCCACUGGCCCACGGAAGAAUCAGAUAGAGAUCAAACUUGAAUCUCCUCAGAGGAGCAACUCCACAACCACAACAGCUGUGCUGCGGACAAGCAGUGGGCCCCGUUCAUCCUCCACCUCCUCCUCCUGUCCCUCCUCUUCGUCCUCCUCGACGGGGGUGGCUACUGUCCCCACCACCCCUCUGUCAAUCGGAUGCCCAGGUCUGAGCCGCAGCCAGCCGACUGUUUACAUCUCUGCCAGCCCACCUACUGCUGCUACCACUCCCUCUGAGGAGGCCGUUGUGGCCUCAGGCGGCUCCCGCUCCCAACCCAAGUUUUACAUUUCUGCCAAUGCCUCCAGCGACUAUGGUGGGGGAAGGAAUCCUCCCACAGUCUACAUCUCAGCCAACCCUUCUUUGCAGGGGCCAUCAGGGCCCAGAAACAUGGGAGGCCAAGUGAGCAUGGGACCCGCUUACAUCCACCACCAUCCACCGAAGUCUCGUGCCUCUGUGGGAGGAGGAGGCACAGCUUCUUCCCCUCGUGUGGUGGUGACUCAGCCCAACACCAAAUACACUUUUAAAAUCACAGUGUCCCCCAAUAAGCCACCAGCUGUGUCCCCUGGAGUAGUGUCUCCUACUUUUGAGCCCAACAACCUCCUCAGCCUGCCCUCAGACCACCACUUUGUGGAGCCAGACCCCCUCCAUCUCUCAGACCCCCUGUCACCACAUAGGGACAGGCCGAGUGAGCCUCGCAGACUCAGCAUGAGUUCCGAUGAUGCGGCGUACACACAAGCGUUGUUGGUCCACCAGAAGGCGCGCAUGGAGAGGCUGUGGCACGAGCUGGAGAUGAAAAAGAAGAAGCUGGAGAAGCUAAAAGAGGAGGUGAACGAGAUGGAGAACGACCUUACCAGGAGACGGCUGGAAAGAUCCAACUCAGCCUCCCAAAUUCCUUCUAUCGAGGAAAUGAAGCAGUUGCGAUGCAAAAACAGGUUACUGCAGAUCGACAUCGACUGCCUCACCAAAGAAAUUGAUCUCCUUCAAACAAGAGGACCACACUUUAAUCCCAGUGCAAUCCAUAAUUUCUAUGACAACAUUGGAUUCCUUGGUCCUGUCCCACCCAAACCCAAAGGUACUUUAUCUAUUGACUCGGGCAGUAAGAUCGUGAAGCCCGUUGCAGACCAGGAGGAGGACGAGGGGACGCAGUGGAGCUGCACAGCCUGCACCUUCCUCAACCACCCCGCCCUCAACCGCUGUGAACAGUGCGAGUUCCCGCGGCACUUCUGAGCCAACCAGGCUGCACCGCGCCGCUAUCUCCUCUGCCCACCUGUGUUUCACCAGACUAGAAUAGAAAGGGGGCUCCCUCCUUCUCUUUCUUUUUUCCCUACAUGUAUGAAAACUGGGACAGGGCGUGGUCUUUGUGCAUUGUGCGGCCUCCUUGUUUUUUUUUUUUUUUCCUCCUCUUUUCUGUUUCCUCUAUAAGGUUUUUGUUGAAUGCUGUCCACUGAAGGCUUGACUGGAUAGUGUUUACAACUUGUGUUUUUCCUAAAGGCCAGAGUCGGAUGAUACCUCACCUCAGAGACUUGGAGUGCGUGGGGUCACUUCCCCCUUUGUUUCUGCUCGACGGGUGACACUUUGCGCCCUGGGCUACCUCGCUGCUCCCACUUACAGUAUUACGAGCGUGGCCCUGCAGUGUGACGGCACACACACAAACACACACACACAACAGAUACACAGACACACACACACACACAGAACACAGGUGCCAAUGUGCCUUUUGCUGAAUGAAUACAUUAGUUUUUCUUCCUUUGUGGUGGCAUGACUGGGGGAUUGGGAACUUUUCAGCCACCGCUCUCCUUCUGAAGGGAAAACUGACAGACUACUCUUGGACUUUUAAGUUUGUUUGCUGUUUUUCUAGAGGAUGUCAAAGGGGGAACUCAAACAUGCCUCUUUUCCUGCCCUUUCAGUUUCCCUCUUCUGUCUCUUCAGUCAUUAGUUAUUAAAAAAAGAAAUUAAGUUGCAUGCUUUGUGUACAGUACACGGAGGCAGAAACUCCCCAUGAGCUUUUUACUGUACAUAAUUUAGAAUGUGCCUUAAAAGCCUUCUUCCUCACACUAUGAAUCACUUGUAUUUCCUGUAAGUAUAGCUUUAUAGACUUUAUUAACUUUUUUGUCUUGUUUUGUUUCCCUCUUUCAAAUCAAUAAGCACCGUGCUCCCUUUUUAAGCUUUUUACUUGAUAUCUGUGAGAGUUGAAGCCUUGCAGAAGGAGAGGAACAGAGCAGUCAUCAUGAAGCUACGCCUGCCAGGUCCGUUCAUCGCUCGUGAAAAUGCUGAGUUCCCUGUGUACGAUCUGCAGAUGCAGCAAAGUGGAAGGCCAUGGAGGAGAUUUUUUUUUGUUUUGUUUUUCUUUUCUUUACUUCAGGACACCAAAUAUGUUCAGGACUGUCGGGGAGGGAAUGGGACAAAAAGCCAAAUCACAAACUGCCAUCUUAUCUGACAACUGGAAUGUAGGUUUAAUGUUUGGGGACGAAGACACCUCAGUGCAAAGAGACUCAUUUUCAAGUAGAAUCAUUGUGUCACUGCAGAGUAAUGUCAUAGUGCUCCUGGAACAGCUGAUUGGAUGAAAAGUGUCCACGUUGCUGUGCACCUGAAUUGGGUUUGUGUGAGGUCCACAGAUCAGUGAAUGGGUUUCUGUUUAAAUUGUUCCUAUAACACAGAAAUAUACAUAUAAGUCCAACAUGUCGCCGUUUUUUACAGCAUCUCUGAAGCAGACAAGGCAAAAAAAUAAAAAACAAGACCUCGUGUUUUAAGCAAAUAUAAGCACUACGUUACUGUCCACUUAGUAUACUCUUCCUUUUAUUUGGCUCCAUUCAUCCUCCGAAGUGUGUAUUGACAAGGGGGGUUCCUAAAGUUUACUUAUUAUCAUUAACUUACCUUAACUGUGGAGUAAUUACCUUUUUCCACCUUUGUGAAAUGCCUUGCAUUAGUGCCUUUAGAACUAUUAAAUUUGUAUUGAUAAUC